AUGAAAAAUAAUGAGUUGCAUGGAAAUGGCACUAGUUCUUCCAUGCCUGAGAGUCCAAGAUUACCACCUCCUCCUCUUCUUCUUCCUCCUCCUCCUCCUCAAGAACAUGAUGCUUCAUCAUCAACCAUGUCUCCAGAGAAUAAUAAUAAUAAUAAUGAGUUCUCUUUUUCUUACUCUGCCACUUCACAACAGCUUCUCCUUGACUGCAUUUUCUCACAGUCCACUAGACAGGAAUUAGUGUCACCACCAUUAACAUCAGGAAGAGUCUCACUUGAUCAUGAAGCAGUGAAUAAUAAUAAUAAUAAUAACAAUAAUGGUGGUGGCUCCCAAACAGGAACAGAUGAUAGUCCACCAAUUUCUCCUUCUCAGGAUGAGUAUGAUGAUGAUCUUCUUAAGUUCUUUAGAGCCAACAAUUCAAUUCACCCUCUAUUCAAUGGUGGAAGUGGCAUCAUGAAUUCUUCUACUACCUGCAUUAAUGGCAAUACAACUCCACCAAGCUCAUCAUCAUCAUCAGGGCCUAAAACAGUUGGAAAAUGGUUAAAGGAAAGAAGAGAGAAAAAGAAAGAAGAGAACAGAACUCACAAUGCUCAACUCCAUGCAUCCAUCUCUGUUGCCGCGGUAGCGGCCGCAGUUGCGGCUGUUACGGCCGCAACUGCAACCUUAUCGGCGAACAACAGAGAGGAUGAGAAGAUGGGAAAGAUAGACAUGGCUGUGGCCUCAGCAGCAACAUUGGUUGCUGCUCAGUGUGUUGAGGCUGCAGAAUCAAUGGGGGCUGAAAGGGAACAUCUUGCUUCAGUGAUUGGUUCUGCUGUUAAUGUCAAAUCUGAUGAUGAUAUCAAUACUCUCACAGCUGCUGCUGCCACAGCUCUAAGAGGAGCAGCAACCUUGAAAGCAAGAGCAUUGAAGGAGGUUUGGAAUAUCACCUCAGUGGCACCAUUAGAGAGAGGCUUUGGGAUUGGAAUUUGUGGUGGUAAAGCAAGUUAUAGUACUUCAAGCACAAGUGAUAGUGGUGAGUUCAUUAAUGGAGAAAAUUUUCUUGGUGUUUGCACCUUAGAGCUCCUUGCUAAGGGCACUGAAUUGCUCAAACGAACCCGAAAAGGUGAUCUUCACUGGAAAAUAGUUUCUGUUUACAUGCAUAGAACAGGCCAGGUUAUGUUGAAGAUGAAGAGCAAACAUGUUGCUGGAACCAUUACUAAGAAGAAAAAGCAUGUUGUGUUGGAUGUGUGCACAAAUUUAGCAGCAUGGCCAGGAAGACAUCUAUUUGAUGAUGAAGAGAAAAGAAAGUACUUUGGAUUGAAGACAGAAUCAAGAGGGAUUGUGGAGUUUGAAUGCAGAAACCAAAGAGAAUAUGAUAUGUGGACUCAAGGUGUUUCUAGACUUCUGUCAAUUGUUGCAGAGAGACAAAACAAAAAUGGGAUUUGA